UUCCAAUCAAACCUUCAAUUUGACCCCUCACCUAUGACCUGUUGUUACCACACACACAACACACACUAAUUCUUAUAAACUCUCUUAACCAGCCACUUCUCCCCCCACCACAUUCAUUCUUCCUCUCUCCAUUUUCCUGCCAUGGCUGGUCUCUUCACUGGCUCUCAUGGCCGCAACGAUCUCCACGUCCUGCAUGCUGCCGAUGAGCACCGGCCUCCAACACGCGGAUCCACAACCAAAACAUGUCGGGUUUGUGGGGACGAGAUUGGACUGAACGAGGACGGAAGGGUUUUCGUGGCUUGCCACGAGUGUGGAUUCCCAGUCUGUCGACCUUGCUACGACUACGAGAGGAGCGAAGGCCACCAGACCUGCCCUCAAUGCAACACGCGCUACAAGCGUCAUAAAGGUUGUGCUAGGGUUGAAGGAGAUGAUGAAGACAAUCAUGAUGAUGAUGACUUUGAAGAUGAAUUUCAGCUCAAGAAUCGCCAUCAUCACACUCUUGAUCCUCACCAUGUGGAACUUGGAGACCACAGUCAGCAUCAAGUUCAUAUGAAUGGAGCAACCGUUCGUUCUGUUGCUGGAAGUGUUGCAGGUAAAGAUUUUGAAGCUGAAAAAGAAGCUUACAACACUGAGGAAUGGAAGGAGAGAGUGGAGAAAUGGAAAACCAGACAAGAAAAGAGAGGUCUUAUUACCAAAGCAGAUGAUGGUGGACAUGAUGAAGAUGAUGAUGACUUCCUUAUUGCUGAAGCCCGGCAACCACUCUGGCGAAAAGUCCCGAUUCCUUCGCGCUUGAUCAGCCCUUAUCGCAUAGUCAUUGUCAUUCGGUUCAUCAUUCUGUGUUUCUUCUUCCAUUUUAGAAUCUUGACACCAGCAAAAGAUGCUUAUCCCUUAUGGAUUAUCUCUGUGAUAUGUGAGAUAUGGUUUGGUUUGUCCUGGAUUCUUGAUCAGUUCCCAAAAUGGUUACCCAUUAACCGUGAAACUUAUCUUGAUCGCCUCUCGUUGAGGUUUGAACGUGAGGGUGAGCCCAAUCAGCUGUCCGCGGUUGAUUUCUUUGUGAGCACAGUGGACCCUCUUAAGGAACCUCCCAUUAUUACAGCAAACACGGUGCUGUCAAUCUUGUCUGUUGAUUAUCCAGUGGAGAAGGUGAGUUGCUAUGUGUCGGAUGAUGGUGCCUCCAUGCUUCUAUUUGAUACAUUGUCUGAAACUGCUGAGUUCGCGAGGAGGUGGGUGCCGUUCUGCAAGAAGUAUAACGUUGAACCGAGGGCACCUGAGUUCUACUUCUCUGAGAAAAUUGACUACCUGAAAGAUAAGGUUCAGCCUACUUUUGUAAAGGAUCGCAGGGCCAUGAAGAGAGAAUACGAAGAGUUCAAAGUGAGAAUCAAUGCAUUGGUGGCUAAAGCUCAGAAGAAACCAGAAGAAGGAUGGGUUAUGCAAGAUGGGACUCCAUGGCCAGGGAACAACACUCGUGAUCACCCUGGCAUGAUUCAGGUAUAUUUGGGAAGUGAAGGUGCACUUGAUAUUGAAGGUAAGGAGCUACCACGGUUAGUGUACGUCUCACGUGAGAAACGACCAGGCUACCAGCACCAUAAGAAAGCUGGUGCAAUGAAUGCUCUGGUCCGAGUUUCUGCAGUGCUCACUAAUGCACCAUUCAUAUUGAACCUGGAUUGUGAUCAUUACCUCAAUAACAGCAAAGCUGUAAGGGAAGCCAUGUGCUUUUUGAUGGAUCCGCAAAUAGGGAAGAAGCUCUGUUAUGUUCAGUUCCCACAGAGAUUUGAUGGUAUUGAUAGACACGAUAGAUAUGCCAAUCGGAACGUCGUAUUCUUUGAUAUCAACAUGAAAGGUCUGGAUGGCAUCCAAGGGCCUGUAUAUGUUGGCACUGGAUGUGUCUUUAACAGGCAGGCAUUAUACGGCUACGAUCCCCCUGCAUCUGAGAAGCGUCCCAAGAUGACAUGCGACUGCUGGCCCAAGUGGUGCUGCUGUUGUUGUGGUGGAUCAAGGAAGUCUAAGGAUAAGAAGAAAGGACUUAAGUCUUUACUUGGGCUUGGAGGACUAUAUAGCAAGAAGAAGAAAAUGAUGGGCAAGCAGUACACUCGUAGAUCAUCUGGACCAGCUUUUGAUCUUGAGGAAAUUGAAGAAGGGCUGGAAGGAUAUGAUGAAUUGGAAAAAUCAUCACUCAUGUCCCAAAAGAAUUUCGAAAAACGGUUUGGAAUGUCGCCAGUUUUCAUUGCUUCUACUCUCAUGGAAGAUGGUGGUCUUCCUGAGGGGACCAGCCAGACAUCAUUAAUCAAAGAAGCCAUUCAUGUUAUUAGCUGUGGCUAUGAAGAAAAAACCGAAUGGGGGAAGGAGAUUGGAUGGAUUUACGGUUCAGUUACAGAAGAUAUUCUGACAGGUUUCAAGAUGCAUUGUAGAGGAUGGAGGUCUGUUUACUGUUCACCAAAGAGACCUGCUUUCAAGGGAUCAGCUCCCAUCAAUCUGUCUGAUAGAUUACACCAAGUUCUGAGAUGGGCUCUUGGUUCGGUUGAAAUCUUCCUUAGUCGUCAUUGUCCACUUUGGUAUGGCUAUGGAGGAAAACUUAAAUGGCUUGAAAGACUUGCUUAUAUUAACACCAUUGUGUACCCGUUCACUUCCAUUGCUCUGCUAGCCUAUUGCGUACUGCCGGCUGUGUGUCUUCUUACUGGAAAAUUUAUUGUUCCAACUUUGAAUAACCUAGCAAGCAUAUGGUUUAUCGCGCUUUUCCUCUCCAUCAUAGUAACCGGCGUGCUUGAGCUCCGAUGGAGUGGAGUUAGCAUAGAGGAUUGGUGGCGCAAUGAGCAAUUCUGGGUCAUUGGUGGUGUAUCGGCACAUCUUUUUGCAGUUUUCCAAGGUCUUCUCAAGGUCCUUGCUGGAGUAGAUACAAAUUUCACCGUCACAGCAAAAGCAGCCGAUGAUGCUGAGUUUGGGGAGCUCUACCUCUUCAAAUGGACAACGCUUCUCAUUCCUCCAACAACAUUGAUAAUCAUUAAUAUGGUCGGUGUGGUGGCUGGAGUUUCUGAUGCCAUCAACAAUGGAUAUGGCUCUUGGGGUCCUCUAUUCGGGAAACUAUUCUUUGCCUUUUGGGUCAUUGUUCAUCUCUAUCCAUUCCUUAAGGGGUUGAUGGGAAGGCAAAACAGGACUCCUACAAUUGUGGUUCUCUGGUCAAUUCUUCUGGCUUCAAUCUUCUCACUUGUUUGGGUUAGAAUUGAUCCUUUCUUGCCCAAGCAAACUGGCCCUAUACUCAAACAAUGUGGUGUGGAGUGCUGAUGUCCUACAAAUUGCACCUUUUGAUUGUUCACAAUCUCUUUGCCAUUUUUGCCUUGCAGUUUGGUUUGGAAGUAUUGUUAUAGUGCAUAUGUGAUCACAGCAGAAGCUUUCUAAGCAUCUUGCUUGCAAUAGGGAAACUAAACUGCUUCCAUCUGCACUCUCAAGGGUUCCCAUUUGUGCCUUACCUUUCACUAUAUUUUUCUACAAAUGUAAGCCCUGGGUAAAAAAGCUUUUUGAGUAUACAUCAUUUUUUCUCAUUUCAUUUUCA